AUGUAUGUUUGAAAUUUCUAACCCUAUAUAAUGACAUCCCUGCUACUCUAGUCAUACGUAGAAUGCUUAAAACUUUCUUUUAGAUUUUUGAGAUGGCUUCUUCAGGAGUUGAGGGAGACGAUUAUCGUUACUAUUUGCAUGGAGAAGAAGAGAAGAACACCAAAUGGAGGUAUGGUUCCCCACCAAACUAUGAUGUUGUCAACAAGCUCUUUCACGAAGGCAGAACCAAGAUAUGGCCUCCUGGAUCACUAGAAGAACGAGUGCAGAACCUUGUAAAGACAUGGGAGAUGGAGUUGUUUCAUAAGACAAUUGAUGCAGACUAUAAAUCGCUUGAUCCUAAUAACUACACAUUUAGCCUAAAUGGAAGAAAAGGUAUAAGUUUGGCAGAGAAGCGAAAGCUUGGAGGAGGUUACAACUCUUUGCUGCAAACUUCUUUGCCAAAUGAGUUCCGGUGCUACAACCCGGCUGAAGAAACCGUGGAUUCAUCUCAUCGGGCUUUCACAACUGCCUUCCCACGCGGUUUUGCUCUCGAGAUUCUCCAUGUGUAUUCUGGUCCCCCAGAAAUUGUGUACAAGUUCAGGCACUGGGGUUACAUGGAAAGUCCCUUCAAAGGUCAUGCCCCUACUGGAGAAUUAGUUGAACUCUUUGGGAUGGCAGUGUUUCAGUUGGAUGAAUCUGAGAAAGUUGUGAGUGUUGAGUUCUUUUUCGACCGUGGUGAACUUCUCGGGGGCCUUCUGAAGGGUGCAAGCAUCGACAGUUAUAGUGAAGAGGUGGCACCAACUUGCCCAUACUUGAGGAACACAGGGUAGCUUUUCUGUAAUGGUAGACUAGCUUCACGGUCUACUAUCUACAACUAAAUAAUGGAUCCACAACUUUAUGGAGCCAGAGCCUUUUAUUUUCAAAAUCAUCGAAAUUAAUGUAUUAAUACAUUAAUGUACUCAACGCAGACUGCUUAUAACAAUCGGACUGUAAAAAAUGAAUAAUAUUUGAGGAGUGCAACGUCAGUGAAUAAACCCAGCCCAGAUUGGAUGCCAAUCUGUGUAGUUUACCGUAUGCUGUUUGACAUCUGCUCUUUUUCAGGAAUGUGACACUGUUCAUUAUGGAAAA